GCAUGCGUGUUUGUAACGAAUCUGAAGUUAAAAUACGUCAGUUGUGACGUCAUUACGUCAGUUAUUGUACAGAAACCAUGGCAGCUACUAAAGCCUCCAAAGAGCAGAAAUACGACAGACAACUCAGACUGUGGGGUGACCAUGGUCAAGAAUCACUGGAAAAUGCACAUGUUUGUCUCAUCAAUGCCACAGCAACUGGGACAGAGAUACUGAAGAACCUAGUGCUUCCAGGUAUUGGCGCAUUCACCAUCGUUGAUGGACACACAGUUUCUGGGGAAGAUGUAGGAAACAACUUUUUCCUCAGCAACAACAGCAUUGGAAAGAACAGAGCACAGGCUGCCACUGAGCUGCUACAAGAACUAAACAGUGAUGUCUCUGGAAACUUUGUGGAGGAGAGUCCAGACAAGCUUCUGGACAACGAUCCAGAGUUUUUCCACAGGUUUACCAUAGUCAUUGGUGUCCAGUUACCAGAAAGCACAUGUUUGAGGCUCGGCUCAGUUCUGUGGAGCGCCUCUGUACCGUUCCUCGUCUGUAAAACCUACGGCUUGAUCGGCUACAUGAGACUGGUGGUGCAGGAGCAUACAGUGAUUGAAUCCCAUCCGGACAAUGCCUUGGAGGACCUGAGGUUAUACAAGCCUUUUGCCGAAUUCAACAACCACAUUCAGUCCUAUGACCUUGACAGCAUGGACAAGAAGGAUCACAGUCACACGCCGUGGAUUAUCAUUGUUGCUAAGCACCUGGAGAAAUGGCUCAGUGAGCACAACUAUCAGCCACCGAAAAACUACAAGGAGAAAGAGGCCUUCAGACAGUUUAUUCGAGAAGGGAUCUUGAAGAAUGAGAAUGGUGUCCCAGAGGAUGAAGAAAACUUUGAAGAAGCUAUUAAGAAUGUCAAUACUGCUUUAAAUCCAACCAAGAUUCCCAGUGCUGUUGACGACCUCUUCAAUAGUGAGCAGUGUAACAACAUCACAUCACAGACGCCGCAUUUCUGGGUGAUGCUGCGAGCUGUCAAGGAGUUUGCUCUCAGUGAAGGCAAUGGAAGCCUACCGGUACGGGGAACCAUCCCAGAUAUGAUCGCUGACUCUCAGAAGUUCAUCAACCUUCAAAAUGUAUACAGGGAAAAGGCCAUGCAGGAUGCUGCAGCUGUUUCUAAGCAUGUAGAAUGUCUAUUGCAGUCUGUUGGAAAGCCACCAGAGAGCAUCUCUGAAAAGGAUAUCAAACUGCUCUGUAAGAAUUCAUCCUUCCUGAGGGUGGUGCGCUGCAGAUCUCUGGCUGAAGAGUAUAGUGUGGAUUCAGUAAAUAAAGAUGAAAUCACUUCAAGCAUGGACAAUCCAGAUAGUGAGAUGGUCUUCUACCUCAUGCUGCGCGCUGUUGAUCGCUUCUAUCAGCAGCACUCCCGCUACCCAGGAGUUUAUAACUACCAGGUGGAGGACGACAUCAGCAAACUGAAGCCGUGUGUGAACAGCCUCCUGCAGGAGUACAGCCUCAACGUCAACAUCAAAGACGACUACAUCCAUGAGUUCUGUCGAUACGGUGCAGCAGAGCCACACACAGUCGCUGCAUUUUUGGGAGGAUGUGCUGCUCAAGAGGCCAUCAAGAUCGUCAGCCACCAGUUUGUGCCCUUCAACAACACUUUCAUUUACAACGCAAUGUCACAGACCUCCGCUACCUUACAGCUGUGAAUACAGUUACUGAUCCUGAGUUUGCUUACAGACGUUAUCAGAGAAAACAGAGCAAGAUCAAAUUUAAACUGUAAAGUUAAAGAAGGAAGAAAGACUGCAUUUUUUUUAUUACAAUAUUUGAAUGUGAUAACUGCCAACAUGUGUGCACUAAAACCUAAACAUGCUUCUCAUGCAGAAGAUCAAAGGUCGGGACUCUUUAGACUAUCGAUCAUAGAGCUUUGCCGCCGCCUUCCUUAAAUUUCCACAGACAUUUCGUGUGGCAGACUUCAUUAAACAAAGCUCAAAACCUUCAUGUAGUAUUUUCAUCUGUGAAACUCCACAUUGAUGGAUGAUAUAUUACACCGUAGCAGCACUUUGUAUACUUUAGUCAACUGUCUCUUAUUGUAUUGUGUUUGGCACAAGGUGGAAGAUGCAGUAUGUAGUGUUUAACUCUCAUGCAUUACUAUAAAAACAGUGAAUAUUUAA